AUGCUAAAAGUGUCCCCUUGGAAAGGUAUUAUCCGUUUUGGAAAGCGUGGGAAACUAAGUCCCCGUUUCCUUGGACCGUUCAAAGUCUUGGCUAAGAUAGGACUUCAAGCUUCCAAAUUAGAACUACCACCUGAGAUGGCCGGAAUCCACAACACAUUUCAUGUGUGUUACCUUCGUAAGUGUUUGGCGAAUGAAGAAAGUGUGAUACCAUUGUCGGAAAUUCGGGUUGAUGAGAACAAUCAAUGCGUGGAAGGACCGGAGGCCAUCUUGGAAAGCAAAACCAAGGUGUUGAGGAACAGAGAGGUUGUCAUGGUCAAGGUAAAAUGGAAGCAUCAUCGAGGGUCAAACGUGACUUGGGAAGCGGAUGAGGACUUGAAGAGGCGUUACCCUCAGCUUUUCGCGUCACGAAGUGCAGCAGAAGCUGCUGUGGAGCCACGAAGUGCAGCAGAAGCUGCUGUUGAGCCACGAAGAACUGUCGUUAGCUGCUGUUAA